CUACUAACAGAGAGCAAUCACCUCACAGACUUGUACCGGAAAGAAGAGACCAUUAGCGUCGCCAGAAACGGCUGCAUCCACAGUCCCCGCUUCCCGAGUAGCUACCCCAGGAACCUGCUACUGACAUGGAGGCUCCACUCACCGGAGAACACAAGGAUACAUCUGGCCUUUGACAAUCAGUUUGGACUGGAGGAGCCUGAAAAUGAUAUCUGCAGGUAUGACUUUGUGGAAGUAGAAGAUAUAUCUGAAACCAGUACAGUUAUACGAGGACGAUGGUGUGGACACAAGGAAGUUCCUCCAAGAAUAACUUCAAAAACAAACCAAAUAAAGAUAACCUUCAAAUCUGAUGACUAUUUUGUGGCUAAACCGGGAUUCAAGAGUUGUUAUUCCCUUGUGGAUGAUUUCCAGCCCGCAGCCUCAGAAACCAACUGGGAAUCUGUCACAAGCUCUGUCUCAGGGGUAUCCUAUCCCUCUCCAUCAGUGACUGACCCUACCCUCACUGUGGAAGCUCUAGACCAGACCGUUGCUGCAUUUGACACUGUGGAAGAGCUACUCAAACACUUUAAUCCGGAUUCAUGGCAAGAAGAUCUUGAAAAUCUGUACACAGAUGCUGGACAUCACUAUCGAGGCAGGAGCUACCAUGACAGAAAGUCCAAAGUUGACCUGGACAGGUUGAAUGAUGAUGUGAAACGUUACAGCUGCACUCCGAGGAACUACUCUGUCAACUUAAGGGAGGAACUGAGACUGACAAAUGUGGUUUUCUUUCCCCGCUGCCUCCUGGUCCAGCGCUGCGGUGGGAACUGUGGAUGCGGCACUGCAAAUUGGAAAUCUUGCACAUGCACCUCCGGGAAAACAGUGAAAAAAUAUCAUGAGGUGCUGAAAUUCAUCCCUGAGUUAAGCCAUGUCAGGAGGAAGGGGAGAACCAGGAACAGCAUGGCCCUAGUGGAUAUUCAACUGGACCAUCAUGAGCGCUGUGAUUGCAUCUGCAGUUCAAGACCUCCACGAUAAAGACAGAGCAAGGCACAUUACUUGCAGCUUAAAGGGUGUUUAAUUUUGAUCAGGGUUGGUCUCAAAUGACUUUCUCUAACUGAUAAUUUGAACUUUGCUAGUAGCCUACAUUGCAAUUGGCAGAAAUUAUUCUGUUUCAGCAUAGCUAUGUUGAUUAGUGCCACGGCAGCUAAACAGGUAUAUCAUUGUUUCUGUGUCAUCAUUUGAUAGUACAGGAUUACAUUUAGCAGUAGAUUCUGAGGUUUGAAAGUUUCAAACCUGAAUAUGGGGAUAAGCAACACAAUUCCAAUUAAAAUUAAUUAAAGUUGUGCAGCUAAAUCCCAUAUCUGGAGAAAAAAUGUUCACUAAGAUAAUCUUAUAUCUGUGUUUGCGUCUUCUAAACUUACACAUACAUGCAAGUACUUAAUUUCUGGCAUCAUGUAUACCUGGCCUACUGGGUGGCACAGGUAAAUGAGAGCAGAAUUUGAUCCAGUAUACCUAUAUAAUGGUUAAUUCACUUCAAUCCAUCCCCUAAGAAGAAUUUUCCUUUGUCCCUUUUCAGUACAUUUAUAGAUAACAAGGAAAAUAUAGAAUAAAAUAAAACUACAGUGAAGUCAAGUCUUGCAGUCUCUACACCAGCAAAACAUUUAUCAUAAUCAUAUAACACUUUGCCUGAGGACCUGGUCCUGAGUGCUGUCAAGCCCACUGCAGCCCUGCCACUUGGUUAAAGAUGUUUGGUUAAAGAGGCAGGGUCUCCAUGCAGGAAGCAAGAUAUGACUCUUGAAUAUGUUCUUCUUCACUGUGUUUCAAGGAUUGUGUUUUUGUCUAGGUAGACAGUCAAAAUGGACAUUAUUCUGUUGAAAAUGCUGAUGUUUCUUGCAUGUGUAUUCAAGUUGGAAACAAAACUGGGUUCUAGCUUUAGAGAACAGAUCAAAUAUCAACAUUGGUUUGGAUGGGGGGGGGUUAAAUAAGAAAUACUAUAACUUUGUCACCAUAUGCAGUAAUCUUAAUUGUCUGAGUUCAGUAGCAUAUAUUGCCAUGGUUAAACUAUCAGCACUGAUUUUCUUUUGGACUGCAUUUUGUUCAGACGUAUUAGCUAAUUAAUCGACAUCUGUAUCUUGAAAAAUGUUCAGCAUUAAUUACUAUUCACACAAAAUAUUCUUCUAUCACCUUUUAAUUAAAUAUGCACUUUAAAAGCUAUAGCAUAGCUUCAUAUGCCUAUCAAAACAUUAUGAAAGUGCUCUAACUAAAAUAAAGGAUUUUUUUUCCAAACUAGCUUUAAAGAUUGUGAGAUACUGCUCUGAAAGUGGUCCAGUGGAGAAUAUAGGCAAUUAUAAAUCUGGAAGAGAAUUGAACUUUUGAUUGUGAACGUUACAGACAAAAUGGGGUGGAACAUUUAAUGGCCAAGAAUCUAUAGAUUUAUUUAAUAGCAGACUCAAGCGGCUUGGUUCAUUUUUCUGUGUGCUGCCUCUGUGCUUUUGUUGCUCAGAAAGAAGUGACUUUACAAUAGCAUUUCAAAAUCAGCCAAAUAGCACAUUAUAUCAUAUAAUAUUGAGAACAUUAGAACCACUGUGUCUUGGUUAUCACCAGAACAAUUAUAAAAGUGCUCUCAUGUUUUUUUAUAUUACUUUCUUUAUCAAGUCAAACUGUUACCUGUUUUUCUAACUUUAUCAAAUCUAUCCUGGAAUAUACCAUAUAAGAUAUUGUGAGUGUUACUUUUUGUACUUUAUUUGAACAUUUGUGAUUCUAAAUAUAGUGUUUGGGUUAGGGUUUGUUUUUUUUGUUGGUGCUGGUGGUAGGCUUAUUUUUGCUGUUUAAGCAUUUAUAUAUUUAUAUAUAUGUAUCUAUUUUUCCUCCCUGGCUCCCAGAUGUCUAUUUAAAAAAACUCUGAGAUGGGAAGCUGAGAUGGGAAGUGAUUCAUCAUUUUUUCAAAGCAAUUCACUUUAAAGAGCAGCACUGAAACCAAAGAUUGCCAGCUUCAUUACUUAAUUCAGUUUUAUUAAAAGAAGACUACGUUCUUUUCCUAUCUCAGGUGUAAUUAUACAACUGAUCAAUCACCCCCAUAAUUCUAGGCUAAUUUGAGGGUGGGGGGGAAACCUACUUGUGAAACCACAACAGUGCAGGCAGCAAGCUCUUCCUGACUGAACUGCCAAGCUAUGGUCGGCUAAGCACCAUGGUUUAGUUAGCUUAAGCAAAUUGAUUUUAUGGGAAGUUUGGUUUCAUGUUACUUUCUGCUUUGCCUAGUUCAUUGAUUCUCAUCCCUUUGAGGCAGCUUACCCUGGCUUACCAGACUGAGUUCUCAGUUAUGCCUGACAUCUCAAAUUCAAUUUUGUAUGCUCUUCAAAACUCCAGUGUUAAUAGUGGAACGUUAGAAACACACUAUUGAAACACAGACAACAAUAGUGUACCAGGGCCCAGCACAGAACUUCAUCAAACAGAAGAAGUGUCAUGCAAGAGGCCCCAAGAAGUCAGUGGGACUUCUCAUUUGCCUGAAGUUGGAAAAUUUUAGAUACUUCCAGAACUGGUCACAAAAACUAACUUUUCUCUCAUGGUACACUAAGCACUACUGGAAACAAAUGACCUACUUAUUACUAGUUGCCACCGUUUGCUAUGGAGAUGUUGCCUUUUAUGCCAAAAAUGUUAAAAAGGAUAAUAUCUAUCAUGACUGAACAUAAAGUUUCCAGUAAACCACACUCCAAACUGCAUAACCCAUAACAGGUGAAAUAGCUUUACCAUCCUUUUUUAUUUAUUGUCAGAAAUUGCAAACAGGCAUUUUCCCUGUACCAUUAUUUUCCUCUUUCUUUGUAGGUUUGAAAUAGCUUCUACACUGUUUAUAUAUUAUUUUUAAGUUAAAAUCAAUUGUCUUUAAAAAAGUUAAAUUAGUCUGCUUCAUUUUUGUUGAAGUAAUUGGAAGCCCAUAGUAUAAAUAUAACUUUCAAAAGCAAAAGAAAUAGUUCCAUCAUUUCAAAGCAGCUCACUACCUUUUAUUUAGUGUAUUCUUCUAGGAUAGAACUUAAUUUCUCAAGUGCAAUUUUUAUAUAUAUAUAUACAUAUAUAUAUUAUUAUUUUGGUUAUAGCAGUUAAAAGCAGCUUUUCUGGACAGUAUUUCCUAUUGUAUGCAGUACAUAAUGUGUCUUACCUUGAUGAAAAAUAAACAUUGCUUUUGAAAAAAGUGA